GCGCACACGCUCGGCGUGCCCGCGCCCGGCACGAGGCAGCAGUCACUUGUUGGGCUGGCCGCCUUGCAUAUUAGCAUACGGUACCCCGGUUGGGAGGCGGGGAGUUUGGCGUCUCCUCAGCUACUUUCUGUGUUUUGCUCACUUGUUUUAAUGUCAACGACAAAAGUUAGUGGAUGCGAAGGUUUUAAAGAAGUGCGAGAAGUGCCAAUUUGAUUCAUGGACUCAACACGGACCUCAGCGGAAACUGUUAAGAGGCUGCUGGUACGAGCUUGACUUCAUUCUGUCAACAUUCAGUUUGAGAGAGCAUGAAGUUCUGUUUGGACGCUAUGCCAGUACUGAGGAUUGUGCUGUUCAUCUUGGAAGCUGUCUCACUGGUUCACUGUGCACGAGGACCGCCACGCUUGUCUGAGAAGGUCGUUCACCGACAGACGGUCCGCCUCGGCACUGCCAUCAAGCUGCCUUGCCCAGUGGAAGGAGACCCGCCGCCACUCAUCAUGUGGACCAAAGAUGGGCGCAACAUCCACAGCGGCUGGAUCCGUUUCCGUAUCCUACGCAUGGGCCUGAAGAUCAAGGAGGUGGAGGCGGACGACACGGGGACAUACAUUUGUAAAGCCACUAACGGCUUUGGCAGCAUCAACGUAAACUACACGCUCAUCGUCAUCGAUGACUCUGGUUCUGGUAGGAUCAGACCCGCUGUGUAUGAUGGGGCACAUUCAGAGCAUGGUUCUGAUGGCUUGGUAGAAAAGCUUGUGCGCCCCCGCUUCACCCAGCCCGCUAAGAUGAGGAAGAGGGUGAUCGCCCGACCUGUGGGCAGCUCAGUGCGUCUCAAAUGCACGGCCAGCGGGACCCCUCGGCCGGACGUUGUGUGGCUGAAGGACGACCGACCCCUGACCGAGCAAGAGGUUGGGAAGGGUCGCCACAACAAGUGGACCCUGACCCUGAAAAACUUGACCCCCGAGCACAGUGGCAAAUACACCUGCAGGGUGUCCAAUCGGGCGGGAGAAAUCAACGCCACGUACAAAGUGGAGGUCAUACAGAGGACCAACUCUAAACCGGUUCUGACAGGCACUCACCCUCUCAACACGACGGUGGACUACGGCGGCACCACGUCGUUCCAGUGCAAAGUUCGGAGCGACGUCAAGCCGGUUAUCCAGUGGCUAAAGCGCGUGGAGACUAAUGAGGAGAGCCGCUACAACUCCACCAUUGAAGUGGGAGACCACCGCUUCGUGGUGCUGCCCACAGGGGAGGUGUGGUCGCGACCCGACGGCUCCUACCUCAACAAGCUGCUCAUUACUCGCGCCAAGGAGGAGGAUGCCGGCAUGUACAUCUGCUUAGGUGCCAACACCAUGGGCUACAGCUUCCGCAGCGCUUUCCUCACUGUGCUGCCAGACACCAAGCCCCCCAUCACGCCCAUCUUCCCCGCGGCCUCCAGCUCCCUGCCCUGGCCGGUCAUCAUCGGCAUCCCCGCCGGAAUCGUUUUCAUCUUCGGCACCGUGCUGCUGUGGUUCUGCCAGAGUAGAAAGCAGUGCCCGCGUCCCGUGGGCCCCGCGGGCGCCGCCGUCCCCCACCGGCCCCAGAUGUGUCGCGAGCGAGAGCGAGGCUUCGUCGCGCCGUCGUCCGGCGCGUCCAGCCCGGACAAAGACCGCAUGAGCUCCGUGAACUACGAGGAGUACCUGGCGCAGCAGCAGCAGCUCCUCCUCAACCAGGGAGGCACCGCCAAGAUCUAUCCCAAAAUCUACACUGACAUUCACACGCACACGCACUCCCACGUGGACGGCAAAGUACAUCAGCAUCAACACAUCCAUUUCCAGUGUUAGCGCAAAGAAGAAGGAAAAAAACAUUUGUCAGGGGAACACAACCCCAAAUUGGCCAGUCACAUGACAACAUCGUGACAUUUGGUGCUGUCACUUUUCUUUUGUAUUUUUGCGUGCGUCCACGUUGUCAGACUCUCACGACAUUAAAGAUCCGCGUCAGUACUUGCUGUGCACUUAAUUUAAAAAAAAAAAAAAAAAAAAAAAAGAAAGGACUUUUGUUGCGAGUGUGAACGCAGCUGGUCUUGUUCUGCAAAGCCGUUUUCAUCGGCUGUCGAGCUUCAAAAAUGGUACCAGAGGUGUAGAAAAGGGCUCGUUACGUCCUACUCAGGUUGUCCUUUUUCGUGUUUUGGAAUGCUGACCACUAUCUUGUCACAGUAAAUGGCCAAAAUAUUAGGUACGCUUGCACAAUUAACACCCCCACCAAAAAAAAUAAAAUCAAUCUUUGAUUGUAUGGCACUGUCAGAGAAGUAUUCAUUUAACAACUAUUUUGUUUGCACUUUGCAGACAAACACUUCCCAGUAUAAUACAAGCCAAACUCCAAUAAUAUACUGUAUAUAUGGUUUUCUGUUCCUCAAAACUGAGAAUUGUCUCUGUCAGGGCCCAAUUAAAAAAAAAACAUUUGACUUUGCCUAAUGUGUACCAACAUUGUCCGAGACUGCAAGAGAUGAGUGAAGUAUGUUUCAGUGUUACCUUUGAGGGGGAAAAAGGUCCUCUAUAAUUUUAUACCUAAAUAGUCCUUGCAUCAUUCAUAUUUAGUGUUCUCAACCAAUAACAGUUUGUGAAGCUCUCCUCAUUUCUAAUCAAACUCAGUCAAGAAUUCUUAAUUUAUUUAGAUUUUUUUUUAAUGUAUCAAAAGAAGUUUAUUUUUCUGAAUAAGGCAUUUUACAUUUUUAUGUUAUGUAAUUAUAAAGUGUACUUUGUGUUGUGUUUAGUAUAUUUGAAGUACAGUGUAUUCGCAUUUAGUUGAUUUACUUGUGUAUGCAAAUAGUUCUAUUUUUAACAAAUCCAAAUGUUCUGGUAUGAAAUCAUCUCGGCUGGUGGUUUGAUUAAAUGAAUGA